GUCGUGGACACGUCACGUCAUUCGAGUGCGUUUAUAUAUUGAAGCGAGGCUUGCAGCGCCGCAGACGCCAAGAUAUUCUCGACAUAAAAUAACGCUAAGUGCAUUGUUCACGAUCGUGUCUUUGUUACUUCAAGCACCUAUUACUACGCAAAUAGCACAAAGGACAACACCAUCAUCCAUUAAAAAUGGCAUCGGGAAAAGCCAAUAAAAAAGUUGCAGCUCUGGCCAUUGACCUGCCGGAAUGCCCAGUUUGUAUGGACACGAUGUGCGCCCCAAUCUUCCAAUGUCAGUCGGGACACAGCCUCUGUAACAACUGCACGCAGAACCUGCUGCCGCCUGUAUGCCCAAUAUGCCGUCAAAAUAUGACGCAGAUGAGGAACUGGCAGCUGGAAGAAAUUAUUGCCAAGGCAAAAGUGCCGUGUCCGAAUAAAACAUCCGGAUGCGUGUACACCAUGAUGGCAGUGGAUUUGGAAGACCAUCUCAAAGAAUGCAUCUUCCGCGAAAUGCAUUGCCCACUCGGGGCUGUCUUCGGCAAGUGUUCCUGGACAGGCAAAUUAAAGGACAUGAUGGAACACUUCAAGGACCGUCAUGCUGAGCACUGCAGCGUCACCACUGAUGAGGAAGUGGAACUUACUAAUGUCAAUAUCAAAAAUGAUGAUCGUCAUCUCUUCUUGGUAGCCCAGGCUAAGUUUAUUUUUAUUGUCACCGUGAAAAUGGACACCCUCCAGAACAUGAUUUACUGGACCAUUCAGCACAUUGGCAGUAAGAAAGUGGCACAUGAUCAUAUUUUUGAGAUCCAUCUGCUGAGCAAACAGACUCCAAGGAGGAAAAUCGUGUUCACGGAACAUUGCUUCAAUGAUGCCGUUAAACCUGAAGAGAUAUUCCGUGAAGGCAAAUGCCCCAUGUUGCCAUUGGAAGUAUUGGUUAACUACAUCAAAGACAAGAAAUUGUCCUUUAGAUUCUUUAUCAAGAGAAUCCCACCAGCGGCACCCAAAACCAAUAAUGAUAAGGGCAACGGCAAUGGCAAAAAUGAUAACAAACCAAACCCUGGACCGGGACCAAAAGGUCCUGGGCCUAAGGGACCCAAAAACCCAGAAGGGAAAAAUAAGCAAAAUGGGCCGGGUCCUGCCGGAAAGAAUCAGAAAACUAAAGCUUAGUUCUAAUAUCGUAACUUAAUUACUGUUCCAAGUUUUCAAUGUAUUCGAUUUCUGGAACCCUUUCUGCUAAGAUAGAUUAUGUAACUAGGUCUAUUCGUUACAAUGAGGAGGUUUAGAUUGGAGGCCAAUUCUAAUGAUUACGUGCAGCACAUUGAGACUCGUAAUUACGUUAUUUUUAUAUAGAACUCGUGUACCUGAUAUAAUAAGGCUGCCUUUAGCUGUUCGUCUUGCGGACGAUUGCAUUAAGAUAAUAAGAACUCUAUGAGAAUGUUCUAAAUAUUCUAAAGCAAUCAAUUAAUGCACGAACCGCUAGGUGGCAGCUUGCGAUCACAUUGAAGGCAACUGUUUGCCAACGAAGUGAUCAUGAAUGUGUCAAAAGAAGUCCUUACUCUGUUCUGUUAGGUACUUCUAGUGACAAUUAUUUAAGUAUCUUCGCCUAAGGCUGAGAAACUCAAAUUAGCACGAGUUUUAUUUAAUAAACGUUAUACAAUACCUACCUAACCUAAUUACCGAGCCGGUUUUAACUCUACUAGCGCCCUGGAGAUUGCUUCGGCGCCCUCCUUUUUUGAUGACGAGGGGAACCUUCAAAAGGCGCCUAGUUCUUUGGGGAGAACGACUAGGGAGUGUGAAAUUUUUAGCUCACUGAAGUGCUCCCGCUGGCCACUCUCAGCACCUAUAAGGGGCACUGGGUCCUCAGACUUGCUCCGGAGCUCCCACUGUGCAACGCUUGUUUCGGCAUAUCCUUAGGCUCAAAGAAGACUCUAAGUACUCGUAGGUCUCCUUUGAGCCUCGCUGUGCACGGUGGCACACUGGAUGGGUUCCUAGAGUCCCGUAGCAUUAAAGGUCCAUCUGUAGUGAUGCAGACGGGAUUUUGACUUGUUAGGUAUCAAGGCGACCGGAUACUGGAUACAUUUCGGAGAAUGUGCGGGGGAAUUGCACAACUUGAUUCCCCCUAGUCCUUUCCAUUUUCGAACCACAAGACAAUCGGCGAGGCGUCACCGCUUCAUGGUAGAUAUCCCACCCACUCGCACUAAGCAUUUCCCUUCAAGCUUCCUUGUGCGAACUGCUAGGGAGUAGAACUCCUUGCCGGAAUCUGUGUUUCCUGAUGGGUAUAACCUGGGUGUCUUCAAAGCCCGAGUGAAUAGGCAGACGUGCUCCAUCGUAGGCCGCAUCAUCACUUACCAUCAGGUGAGAUAGCGGCCAAACUUCGACCCAUCAAAUGUAAAAAAAGACGGCUGCCUCCACGACGCCUUCUACGAGAAGUUGAGCGGGAUCGCUAAAGGGUCGAUCCCUUUCGCGAUCCCGCUCAGUAGCCUUCAUCCGGGAGGCGAGGAUGUACCUCGUCGUACCCUAACGCCGCUUCUGCCUAAUUAGGUAAUGGUAAAUGUAUCGAUUAUGAUGUCACAUUGUGUAAGACACGAAAAAUAAGUUUUGGCCUCUAAUUAAAACUAAUCACUAAUGAUCGAUUUAGUUAUAUUACUUAUAAAUAGAUAUUGCGCACUUUUUAAUUAUUACCUAGAUAUUGUGCACUUUUUUAAUUUGUACCUACUUAGUAGUUUCCUAAAUCAUGGGAAAGGGACAUUUUAUUAAAUAUUUUUAAGAUUAUUAUAGAUUUGAGGAAUUGGUAGAAAUUAUCGUAUCAAGAAUCGUUGAGUCGGAAAAUAAAUUGUUGUUUGUUUCUUUUUAAAAAACAUGCAAGUACCUACCUGUUGACCAAUUACAAAAAUUUAAUAGGUAUAAAUAAAUAAUCAGGUAGGUAGGUACUAUAUUUCCUCCUGGGGUAUGGUCCGAGUGAAAUUUAAAAUAUUUCGCUUGGAUUAGCUCCGAUCGGAAGAAAAUUGAGGAAAUAUUACAAUUACUCAUUGAAGAGUAUUUUUAUUAAUUGGGUCAGUAUUUCAACACCUUUUUGUAAUUAGGUACCUACUUACCUAAAUACCUACAUAAUGUUUGGGACUCACUCCGACUCAAAGGGUCUAUAGAUGCUGAUGAUGACUAUGAUCAUUGAUCACAAAUGUUGUAUUCUUUUUUAUUUUCAUUGACCACAAAUUGUGUACCUAAACAAUUCCUAAGAUAUUUUAAUUAGUACCUAUAAGUAUGAUGUAUCUAGACCCUACCUAGGUCCCUAUUAUCAAUUUUGUUUUAUGAUUGUUAAUUCGUAUUAUACUUGAUUACAAUGUACGUAACUAGGCAUUAUAACAGCUUGUAUUCAGUAGAUUUAGAAAAAUAAAGACUAAAAUGAU